AUUUUGAUUGACGUUUCAUGAUUUGAACAUCGUUUUUUCUUUAUUCAUCUUAUUCUGCUUGAAAAAUAAGAUAUUUUAUAUUAUUUAGAACCAAUUGCGGGAUCGUUAAAAAGAAAUCUUAUAACUUUCAGGAAUCUGAAUCCUUUAAGUAAAAUAUGUGACUUGAGUAAAAGCGGACCUCACUCGUAAACAAAUCCCGAUCUGUAACAGCAAAAACUACUAAAACUAGCAAAGGCAAGACUUGAUAUGGGUCGCCGCAAGUCAAAAAGGAAGCCCCCGGCGAAGAGGAAAGCCAUAGAGCCUCUGGAUCAACAAUUCAACUGUCCAUUUUGCAAUCACGAAAAAUCCUGUGAAGUUAAAAUGGAUCGAGCGAGGAAUACAGCGCGAAUACAAUGUCGAGUGUGUUUAGAAGACUUUCAAACCACCACCAAUGUACUGUCUGAGCCUAUAGAUGUUUAUAAUGACUGGGUAGAUGCUUGUGAAAGCGCUAAUUAGCUUUUAGGUUAUAAUGCCCUGUGUGUAAUGGGAGUCUCUAUAAAAUCUUAUAGAUAAUAUGUAUUUUAAGAAACAUACUUUUUUCAUCCCCUUUUCCAGUUUUUAUCAAUUCUCAAUGACUUUAAAAUUUGUUUCUGUAAUAAAUGAUCACAGAGACCUCAGGCUAAUAAAAUUGUAAGCUGCAAUACUUAUUGCCUUCCGACUUACCCUGUAACCAGACCUUUAUAACUUUUAUCUUACAACCAUGGUUAUUUUCAAAAUGUUUGAGCAGCUUACUGCUCUUGAGUGAUUUUGGGGUUGGAGUCACACAAACUUACCACAUCAAAGUCUGUUUAACACCAUUCCAGUUUGCUAUUUUCUGGAUCUGACUUUGCAAAUACAGCUGUAUUGCAUAUAUAGAAGCCAUAUUCGGACCAACAUACCAAGUUUAGCCUUUUGUAUGCAACUGUCAAAACAUUGUUAUUUACAAAGCAACCAUAACAUAAUACAUUAAUAUGAACUUGAAACCAUAUGAAGUAGUCCUGCUUCAGCAUACCAAAGGUUAAACAAUUUUUUUGUAAAAUAAGCUUAAACAGCCCCAUUUACUAUCUUAGUAAUCAUAUUUUAUAAUUUUCUAUGUUACAAGUAGCAGAACAAUCAGAUACAAAAUGAAUUUAAACUUUCUUAGCUUUGAGGUAUAAACAUAGUUUGUAACUUAAGAUCAACAUUUUUUUAGAUAAUGAUGGUUAAAUUAUAAAUGAACUUAUAGGUCAAUAAAAUGUAAAACAAAAGCA